AUGAUUUCUAAAAUUGAAUGUUAAAUACAUAAAGGAGAAAAAGUAUCUGCUAUUUGUGUAGAUUCUUAUUGUAUUGCCAAUAUUUAGUGUUGUCCUAUAUGCAUCAAAGAAUUACAUAAUGUACAUGACCAUAAAAUUGUGUCUCUAACCUCUUUAUAAUAAUUUAUUUCCAAUCAAGAAAAUAUCAAAAGAUAAAAUGUUGAAUUCACUUCUGUUAAAUAAUAAUUAAUAGCUAAUAGACUUCAAUUAGCAGAACUCACAGAAAUAAUUGAUACCAAAAUAGAUAGUCUAAACAAAAACUAGCUUAAUUUCAAUUUAUCAAUUGAUUAAUUGAUGAGUCCAAAUUCAUAAGAAUUACAAGUCCUCAAAAUUUUACUGAGUCAAUAUGAAAUUUAGAAUAAUUCAGUUAUUGGAAUCAAUGAAUAAAUUAAAUCGAAGAUGGAAAUGUAAAUCUCUUAAUUACUUACAUAAAUCAAUUUAUUAACUACUGAAUAUACAAAAAAAAUAAAAUAAAAUAUUUCCAAACUUUCAGUUGAAUAAUUUAAGGAAGAACUGAAAUUUUCAGAAAUCAAUAAACAUAAACAUAUAUAAUUGAAUGAAGGUAGAACUGCAACUCUUACAUAAUAAAUAGGAUAUGCAGUUAUUUAUAGUGAAUCAAGUUUUGAUCCUUCUAAAGAUAGCUUCAAAUGUUCAUUUUUAAUUAAUGUAUAUAUCAUUAAUAAAUUCUUAGAAAUUAUCUUAUGGUUUAGUUGGAUUUGGUUCUUUAGAAGCAAGCAAAUAAAUGCAUUAUUAAAUUUAUGAUUUCUCAAAAGGACAUGGUUUUUAUGCUCUACACAAUACUGGUGUCAUUUAUCAUAGUGAUGAUUCAACCACAAAUAAUACAAAAAUCAAAACUCUUACAUUUGAUAAGACAGAUUCAAUUAUUUGUUAUUAUGAUGCUCAACUAUAAUCAUUCACAUUCUAUAAAGAAACCAAUAAGAAUGAAAAAUUCACUAUGAAACUAAAUGACACUUCCAAGAGAUUAUAUCCAGUUGCAAUCCUCUUUGGUCCAGGUGAUUCUAUAUCAUUUAUUUGA